GGACAAACUACACAUCCAUUCACGCGAAGUGGCUGUGAAGAACAACCAUCGAAAGGAGUCACCUGUUAUUCAAUUUAUAUUACAUAUUAAGUCACAAUGGAACUUUCUUACACAGCUAUAAAAACUGCACAUCAAGCCCGGGAGGCGGAUGAGCUGAGGAUUGAGAUGAGGAAGAAGAGCCUUCUCAUCCUCAUCUACCAACAUCUGAUGGGGCAAGGCUAUGCAGCUGCAGCGUUGGCCUUGGACCAGGAGAUGAAUGGAGGCGUGAGGAAGUUUGAGGUUUGCGACAAUAUCGAUUUGGAGAUGGUGCUGAUGGAGUACGAGAGCUACCACUUUGUCAGGUUCCAGAAGUAUCCCAAACUUAUCAAGAGGGUAGCGGAACCAGGUGAAAGAAAUACAAGAAGUGGUGGUAAAAAGAGGGCACCCUGUUCAGCUGUGAGACCGCUCCCCAAAAUCCUGGCUACACCCUCUGGCGGAACAAAAGGGGCCGCUGCCAGUGCACAGUCAAACGGAGAUGGGCCAGCUUGUCCUCCGGAAUCAACAGAAUUCGGUCUCAGUGUGUCUGCUAUUACUUAUGGACCAACUGGGGGGGCAGCCACGACCAGGAAGGGCCAGAUGACUGACAGCACAGGAGGCGAAGGGGACUGCGAGCACGUGGAGCGUCUGCUGAAGCCCCUCAGUGGCUUUCCGGGGAUGAGCGGUGAGAUGAAAGAACUCGCCACAAUCAUCAGUAAGGACAUCUAUUUACACAACCCCAACGUGCGCUGGGAGGACAUCAUUGGCCUGGAGGACGCAAAGCGAUUAGUCAAGGAGGCCGUCGUCUAUCCCAUUAAGUACCCACAGCUGUUUACGGGCAUACUCUCCCCCUGGAAGGGCUUGCUACUUUAUGGCCCCCCAGGCACAGGUAAGACCCUGCUGGCCAAGGCCGUGGCUACGGAGUGCAAGACGACCUUCUUCAACAUCUCGGCCUCCAGCAUCGUGAGCAAGUGGAGAGGAGACUCCGAAAAACUGGUCCGGGUUCUAUUCGAUCUAGCCCGGUACCACGCCCCCUCCACCAUUUUCCUGGAUGAGCUGGAGUCAGUGAUGGGUCAAAGAGGAAGCAACAUAGUAGGCGAGCAUGAGGGCAGUCGCAGAAUGAAGACAGAGCUGCUGGUGCAGAUGGACGGGCUGGCCAGAUCCGAGGACCUGGUCUUUGUCCUGGCGGCAUCCAAUCUGCCUUGGGAACUGGACCAUGGAAUGCUAAGAAGACUAGAAAAGAGAAUUCUGGUCGGUCUUCCUUCAGCACCAGCCCGCCAAGCUAUGAUCUCUCAUUGGCUGCCUCCUGUCAACACCACAGGGGAGCUGCAGCUCCACGCCGAGCUCGACUAUCAACUACUGUCAAAGGAGAUGGACGGGUACUCUGGCUCUGACAUCAGACUGGUGUGUAAGGAGGCCGCCAUGAGACAAGUGCGCAAAAUCUUUGAGGCUCUGGAGUUGUAUCAGGAUGGGGAUAAGGGCCUGCUGGCCAUCCGCCUAGAAACCGUGACAACGCAGGACUUCCUGGAAGUCCUUGCCCACACCAAACCAUCGGCCCGCGGCCUGAUGGAGAGACACACGGCCUGGGAGAAAGAGUUUGAAUCUGUUUGAUCCCAACAGACCCUGAAGUAUUCAUGUCAUGAGUAAUUGGGAAAAAUAUUAAACUUAAA